GCUCACGAAAAAGCUCCCACAAAGCAUCACCUGCAACCAGCCCCCGCUCAUCUCCAUCUUCCUCCUCCCUCCCUCGCUCCUGUGCUUCUUCUCUUCAUCAACAAGAGAGCUUUCCCUCGAUCUGUGUGUGUAUAUAUAUAGAGAGAGAGGGACUGAUCUGGGUGUAGCGAGCUAGGUAGCCUAGCUAGCAUGGGGAGGUCCCCAUGCUGCGAGAAGGCGCACACGAACAAGGGAGCCUGGACGAAGGAGGAGGACCAGCGGCUCAUCGCCUACAUCAAGGCCAACGGCGAGGGAUGCUGGAGGUCGCUCCCCAAGGCCGCAGGGUUGCUGCGGUGCGGGAAAAGCUGCCGGCUGCGAUGGAUCAACUACCUGAGACCGGACCUCAAGCGAGGUAAUUUCACCGAGGAGGAGGACGAGUUCAUCAUCAAGCUCCAUGAGCUUCUAGGCAACAAGUGGUCACUGAUCGCCGGGAGGCUGCCGGGGAGGACGGACAACGAGAUCAAGAACUACUGGAACACGCACAUCAAGCGCAAGCUCCUCGCCCGCGGCGUCGACCCGCAGACGCACCGCCCGCUCAAUGCCGCCGCCGACCACCACCAGCAGCAGCAGCUCCAGGCGCCACGGCGGUUCGCCGCCGCGCCAGCCGGCCACCACCACCACCACCCUGACCAUUUCGCCGUCCUCUCCAACUCGCCGGAGGCCUGCAGCCACAGCAGCGACGACGAGCCCAGCUCCGCCACGCCGCCGCCGCCGCCGCGUCACCUCGGCAUCGACCUCAACCUUUCCAUCAGCCUAGCUCCUUACCAGCCGCAGGAUCAGACCAGCGAGCCGAUGAAGCAGGAGGAGGACGACGAAGCGUCAGCGACGGCGAACGGCGCCGGCAAUGCAGCGAUGACGACGACGGCGACGACGGCGGCGGUGUGCCUGUGCUUGAACCGCCUCGGGCUCCACGGCGGCGAGGUGUGCAGCUGCGGACGCGGCGGCGCCCCCUCCAUGCAGGCCAGCACACACAUGUUUAGAUUCAUCACGCCGCUAGGAGGAAGCCACCACAACAGUAGUAGCACAACAAUGACAUAAUUAAUUAAGUUGAGGGAGGAGAUAUAUAUACACUACUUAAUUCGCAAUUAAAACCCAGCCACACAUGCUUAGCUCUUUGUAAUAUUCAUCAGGAAAUGUGAUCUCUUUCUCUUUUUUUUUUAUUUCC